AUGGGUUGGGUUGGAAUGGGUUGGGUUGGGAUCGGAUGGGUUGGGUUGGGAUGGGUGGGGUUGGGAUGGGUUGGGUUGGGAUGGGUGGGGUUGGGAUGGGUUGGGUUGGGAUGGGAUGGGUUGAGUUGGGUUGGGUUGGGUUGGGAUGGGUGGGGUUGGGUUAGCUGGGCUGGGUUGGAAUGGGUUGGGUUAGCUGGGUCGGGUUGGGUUGGGUUGGGAUGGGAUGGGUGGGGUUGGGUUAGCUGGGAUGGGUUGGGUUAG